UCCACUUGGUGAAAGCGUUCCUUCUUUCUACAAAAUGUGUCAGACUCCAUACUUUUUCCUCACUGGAUACUUUUGAUGGCCCACGCAUUUCCUUUAAGAAACCCAGAUGUAGUUUUUUCUUUGAAGGAUAAAUUUUCUUAGUACGUUUGCUUUAUUAGAACUUUAAAAAAAAUUCUGAGGGGCAAUUCAUCAAAAAUGAGUAAUAUUUUCAACAAGCAUUACUUUAACUGGAAAGAGAUCCCCGAAGGAAAUUUGUUCUGAGAGAGUUAAUUUAGCAAUGACAGGGACUUCACGGUAAAAGGGAUGAGGAAUGCAGAGUGUGCUCUGGGGAGUAAGAGCUAUUCACUGUUUGAAAGCCCUGGUUUGUUUUUACAAAGAGGCCUUUUUACGAUUUACAUAAAUUUCAAAGUGACAAGCAAGUUGAUCUUUGCUAACAAUUGAGCCAAGUCAGAAGCAAGACAAUUGGACAGAAGACCCAUAUGAACACUAGCCUGGAGGCAACAUGGAUGUGGGAACUGUGACAAGUUUAUCAAACUUGUCUGAUCGCUUCAAUCACUUCCUGCCGAGUUACAAAGACCCAAAGCUCUUGUACUGUGAAAAUGGAGGGUAUUUUAUGCGAAUUCUCCCUGAUGGAAAAGUGGAGGGGACAAGAGACCGCAGCGAUGUAUACAUUCAGCUUCAGCUACAGGCUGUGAGUAGAGGAGUGGUGACAAUUCAAGGGAUUGAAGCUGGACACUACCUGGCAAUGAGUGAAAAGGGACAUCUUCAUGGCUCGCCAUCUCCAACAGAAGAAUGUUUCUUCCUGGAAACCCUGGAGGAGAACGGUUAUAACACGUACAGGUCCAAGGAGUACGUAGAGAAGAACUGGUAUGUUGCCAUUCGAAAGAAUGGAAAUGCCAAGCCAGGACCAAAAACCAAUGCUGGGCAGAAAGCGAUCCUGUUUCUCCCCAUGCAGGUGACAAGUGAUUAAAAGUAUAAACACUAACGGAACAGCCAUCUGAUUGAAACAGCUUCUGAAUGGACUGAAAUAGGACCCUGACUGGAUUAAAUGAUCAGUGUGUUCAAAAAGGCAAGUGACUAGUGAUAGUCACUGGCAUGAAAGUGGGACCUGCUGAAUAAUUCCUCCCUCCCCCCCCCCCCCCCCCCCCCCAUUUCGGCCCAUGUUUUACCCUCCUGUACUGACAACACUGACUUCCCCUGGAACCAUGGAGGUCGUAGAGUCAGCAUGCACCUUCUGACACUUCAGUGAAGUGACCAUCCCAGACAGUGAGCCUUGGUAGUGGUCAGCGUUCAAGGGCUCCAGACUCAAACCAAUCCUGGCCUAUGUGGACAAUGUUUAAAUAGACGUUUAACAACAGCUGGAUGGUGAUUGGGACCUCGAGCCCUCACUGCGUUUUACACUCACUACCAUAUCACAGAAAAAUUACUUGGAUCUCCCCAACAAAUCCUAAUAGAGCAGAGAAGAAUUCAGGUACCUCCAGGAUUGUGCAAUUUAUUAACAUAUCAAGUACAUACCCUCUCAACUAUGGAAGGAGGUUCAGGGUGAGGGAGGGAAGGGGGGGUUGCCACU